AUGGCGAAUAACAGGACUAUUCUUCUACUUCCAGGUUCAUUCAUGCCUGAGAGAGUCUAUUCAGAUGUCUUAGAUGCCGUGGCCAAGAGAGGAAUCGAUAUUCGCUUUCUUCCACUUACGUCCGGGAGUGUCGGAUCAGGCGAUCGCAGAGAGCCACCGAAUAUGUUCGAUGAUGCGGCAGCAAUAUCGCAAGAGGCCGAGAAAUUGGCAGAUCAAGGCAAGGACGUCAUCGUUGUCGCCUCAUCGUAUGCUGGCGUUCCUUUAACGCAGAGUUGCAAAGGGCUUAGCAAGGCGGAGAGAGAAAGGAGUGGCAAGAGCGGGGGUCUGGUCAAGAUUGGCUUGAUGCCGUCUGUGGUACCUGAAUUGGGACAGGCUGCGUAUGAGGUCCUGGUCGAUGUCCCACCGGAUAAUAUAAUUCCCAUGAAGGGAGAUACUUCCGGGUGGCUAGAGAUGGACCCGGAUCACUAUGCCCAUAUCGGAGCCCUGAUUUUUUCCAAUCUCUCAGCGGAUGAGCAGGUUUUUUGGACAAGCAAGACACGCGCACACUCGUCAAAAGUCUUUAGAGACAAGGUGACUUUUCUCAGCUACACGCUUCCUGGUGUGGACCUUGCAUUCCUAUCCUGCGACAAUGAUAGGUUAAUUUCGCAAAAUGACCAGAAGCUCGCAAUUGACAGGCUAGAAAAGGCGUCUGGAAAGAAUGUGGAAGUCACAUUCAUAUUGGGGGAUCAUACUCCCGCUCUCUCCGCGCCCAGCGAGGUAGUGGAGUGGCUUGUAAGGAUUUCUGAUAUUUACUUUUAA